CCAAAUAAACAGACCGUACCUCGCCCACAGCGGCACUUCAAACCCAACUCCUACUUCCUCAGGCCAUACUACGCCGCUCGCCGGAGAGGAGAGAGAAACCCUAGCUUGCGGCGGCUGCGGUGGAGGAAGAGAAGAAGAAGAUGAUCUACGACGUGAACUCGCCCCUCUUCCGCUCCUUCCUCAGCCAGAAGGGCGGAGCCGACAAGAGGAAAGUGGAAGAGCACAAACCAAGGGAGCAGAGGCCCAAGGCCAGCGAGAACAAGCCUGUGAUGAACGAAUGAACAUCUUCCGAAGCAUUCGAUUCUCAAUAAAACUUAAUGCCUGUUUGCGUUGGUUUGCUUAAAAUGAACACUUAUAGAGUAUCAUGCUUUAGUUUCCCAUUAUAGUCUUAAUUGCUCUGGUUGAACAUGCAAACUGUUGUUACAGAGCAAUGGAUAUGAAGCUUCAACUACCUAUGAAUCUAUGAUCAAUGUGAGACGCCCAUGAUUGAGAACUUUUCGGCCA